GAUUCAGUGGCUUUUAAGUACAAAACGUUUAUGAAGAAAAAACUGGGGAGAUUUAAACUUUGUAGGGAGGAAAGUGUUAAAGUGAUGGCCAGGGAACGUGGAUCUGGGAGACGCUACCUACGUCCCCGUGCUUCAAACUAAUGGGGAUGGAGGGAAGGAAAAAAAAAGAAAACACUGGGGAAAAAUAUCCCUACAAUUUGCAUGAAUGAUGCCAUGUAAAAUACCGGAGCGAGGAAUUGUGCUCUGCAGACGAUUUGUGGGCUGGAGAAAGCCUGAAGUGCCUGCUCGGGUCCCGUGAUAUGACUCGCUCAUUUCUGCAGGGCUCAUCAGGUACAGGCUCUGCUUCCUUCCUGGGAUGGUGCAGCUGGCAUUUGAUUUCCUCCAUGGAUGGGAGAGGAGGAGUCCUGUGCAGUUUUUUUCCCCGAGAUGAUUGCAUUUUCUUUGGCCUUGCUGUACCCUGCCUCAUUAGUAGGAACUGCAUCUAUACUUAUUUACCAUUAUACCGUGUCCCUUGGGAAGCGGGGUGUAGUUUGGAGUAGGUAUAUAUGGAUUUAUCACUCCUAACAUUUUUUUUCCUCCCAUCAUGCUAAGACUAAAUCCGUCAACAGCAGAGAACAAACUUAAUUUAUUUCUGUGUUUUGCAUCUCCCUUUUUACCAUUUCUCUUCCAAAUUGCUAAGAAAGCAUCUCUGAGAUGGAGAGAGGGGAGAAGGAAGAAAGGGAUGGAAAACGUUGUCUGUGCAGGGCUGCAUUUGUUAUCUGCAUGUCUGGGGAACACCGGUCUGGGGAAGGGCAGGGCUGGUUUCUCUAUGUGAAAACUGGGGUUUGGGAGUGUUCUUUUUCCCUUAUGUGAAGAUUAUUCUUUAGCCCUGCGAGGGCCACAACUUUUUCUGUCUGGUUGACAGAAUUACCCGAGGAUCCUGGGCAGGAGGCUGGGAACAAGGAACUUGUGUUUCACUCCGUGCUGCCUGUUCUUCCUCCCCUCGUUCCCUUAGCACCAGUGCAAGCACCCGAACAGGCAUCAGCAUUUUUACUCCUGUGUCAUCCCACUGUUCCGAGCAGGUCUAGACGACAUUGUGGUAUGCAGGCUGCCAGCUGGGUUACAGGAAUGCUACCCUAGGUGAAACGGCAGGAUUUUUAAGGAGGGAAUGGUGAAUAACACUGAAGACCCUCAAGAGGCUUUGUAACGUCCCAUCCUCAUGUAAAGUAUGCUCAGAACUUUUCCAGUAGUCCUGCUGGAAACCAUGUCUCACUACACGGACGAGCCAAGAUUCACCAUAGAGCAGAUCGACCUCCUGCAGCGCCUGAGACGCACGGGAAUGACCAGGCAUGAGAUCCUGCACGCCCUGGAAACCUUGGACCGUCUGGACCAAGAGCAUAGCGACAAAUUCGGGAGAAGGUCUGGCUACGGAGGCGGCUCCUACGGCAACAGCACCAACAACGUCCCGGCGUCUUCCUCGACGGCCACGGCUUCCACGCAGACGCAGCACUCCGGGAUGUCCCCGUCCCCGAGCAACAGUUACGACACCUCCCCACAGCCUUGCACUACGAAUCAGAAUGGGAGGGAGAGUAACGAGAGGUUGUCUGCCUUCAACGGGAAGAUGUCGCCCACCCGGUACCCCCUGGCCAACAGCCUGGCCCAGAGGUCCUACAGCUUCGAGGCUUCCGAGGAGGACUUGGACAUCGACGACAAAGUGGAGGAGCUGAUGAGGAGGGACAGCAGUGUGAUAAAGGAGGAAAUCAAAGCCUUCCUCGCCAACCGGAGAAUUUCCCAAGCAGUUGUUGCACAGGUAACAGGUAUCAGUCAGAGCCGGAUCUCCCAUUGGCUGUUGCAGCAGGGGUCGGACCUGAGUGAACAGAAGAAAAGGGCAUUUUACAGAUGGUACCAGCUUGAGAAGACAAAUCCUGGGGCUACACUAAGCAUGAGACCCGCUCCCAUCCCAAUAGAAGAGCCAGAAUGGAGACAGACGCCUCCCCCAGUCACAGCUACCUCUGGGACCUUCAGACUACGGCGAGGCAGUCGGUUCACGUGGAGAAAGGAGUGCCUGGCUGUUAUGGAGAGUUACUUCAAUGAGAAUCAAUAUCCCGACGAGGCAAAGAGAGAAGAAAUUGCCAACGCCUGUAAUGCAGUUAUACAAAAACCAGGAAAAAAGUUGUCGGAUUUGGAGCGAGUUACCUCCCUCAAAGUGUACAACUGGUUUGCCAACAGGAGGAAGGAGAUCAAGAGAAGAGCCAAUAUCGAAGCAGCAAUCCUGGAGAGCCAUGGAAUAGAUGUACAGAGUCCAGGAGGCCACUCCAACAGCGACGACGUGGACGGCAACGACUACUCAGAGCAGGACACUUGGCAAGUACGCAACGGGGAGGAGGAGGGACGAUGUUCCGAGGGAGGCAGAGAAGCAGAGAAGGUAGAAGAAGACAGGAGGAUCUGCUCCAAACAAGAUGACAGCACUAGCCAUAGUGACCACCAAGACCCCAUUUCCUUAGCUGUGGAGAUGGCAGCAGUCAACCACACCAUCCUGGCGCUGGCCCGGCAAGGAGCCAACGAGAUCAAGACAGAGGCUCUGGACGACGACUGAUGCCAAGAGAGGGGAGGGUCAAAGCAAGAAGUAACUUAGUUUUAGACGUAGCACCUUAGCAGACUUUCCUCGGUCCUUAAUAUGUGUUCUUACAGUAUAACUUUGCAGUUUCUUGUACGUCAGUUAGCUGUUAGGGUCUUGUUCUGUGAAGAUGGCAUGGUGCCCUCAGCCUUUGCAUAUACUCUCUCAGUAUUAAUUCCCAAUAAAUAAUCAAUCAACCAACCAACCUCCCUCUCCCGGCCCCCAGUGGCUAGAAAGGUAAAAUCAAAAAAAAAAAAAAGAAAAAAGAAAAAAAAAAAAAGAAAAAAAAAUCUUGCUGCUCUGUCUUAGCAUUCAAAGUGCUUCCAGGUAUUUUAGACAGCCCUCAACUACAAGUCUUAGGCUACACUUAAAAUCUUGGAUAACCUUAGAGAUGGUGUUGAAACCGAUAGUCCGUACGCUUUCCCUGCCCUGAGACUGAAAGGAUGCAAGCUGAGGUAGUGGCACAGAGUCGAUGGACACCAGACUGGGAGUAUCAACAGAGAGUAAAAAGAACACUUAGAAACCCCACUCCAGCAUGGGAAUAAAUGAUUUCCAGCUGCAAUAAGCCGUGCCUCACUGGUCAUACAGUGACUCCGUUUACUUCCGGGUGCUGUGCUGAGAAUGUCCAUUGGAAACACAUUCCCACAUUUCAGUUGAUGCUCUCACAUGUUCAGCACAGACAUCCUCUCCUUUCACAAGCUGCGUGGCUUAGUGGAGAAGUGCUGCCUUCUGCCUCUGCCGACCGUGGUUGAAGCCCAGCCUGGGAUCGAAUGAAAAAUGAGCUGAAUGUCUAAUGGACAACAGUCCACUUCUCAGAACCACUGCUCGUUCUUGGCAUGGCUGGCAGUGCCUGCUCAGAAGAGGUCUAGACUCUUACCCCAUCUGUCAUUAGCAAUUUCACCUUUCGUUCCUCCUCUCUCACCUUUUCUGUCCCCACUCUGCUCCCCUCUCCACUUUGCCACUUUCGAAAGCAAUGUUUUCCAGGAAGGUUGUUAAGGUCCUGAAAUGGGUGAGUGGAUUUUUACACGCCUGUGUAAGUAAUGCCUACGUCCUGACUAGCCUGAAAGGUUACGGGAGAAUUCAACACCUGACCUUUGCUAGAUAACCAUCAGAGCAUAAAUAUUCUCCUAAAUAUGAACUCUUUUUGUUUGUUUGAAGGCAGGAGGAUCUCUUACCUGAGAAAUGGGGUGUGAAUGUUUUGUGUUCUCUUUACUCUGUCUUUGUUAAGGUGUGAGAAAGCUAUACUGCUACGAGCAAUUUAAUUAAUAAUUGGAAGCCAUACUGAUAAUGGAUGUGGUAAUAUUUGUAAAGCAAACCUACUCUAAGUAGCAGGAACUAAUGGAAUUGUUUUCCUUGAUCAUAUGUAGCACUUUUGUUACUUUUUUCUUAAAGAUAUUUAUAUUUGAUAAGUCUUUUUUUUAUCAUUUGAGAAUUCCAAAUACCAAACAGCAAACUUGCAUUACAGAGUCACCCUGCGAUCACCUUGUCAUCUAGUAUCUAAAUGAUGAACUGUGUGUGCAUCUAAGAAAAUUACAUCUGCUAGCAUUGUGUGGAAAUGAUCUCCUGGCAUCCUGAUAAAAUGAUAUGUUGCUGCCGGUAAGAGGAAACGUUUUGAUGGAAACAGCACGAGAAGCGUUAGAGACGGGCAGGGCUGUGUUACAUUAACAGACAACAAAUUAAAAACCUACGGAAAUUUUUGUAUAGAGACACAUAUAUAUAAAAGUUUGCAUAGCAUUUCCUCCACAUUCUGCUUCUAUCUUCCCAGUUUGUGUGGAGAUAGCCUAAAGAGGGGAAAACGGCUCAAGGAUGGGUUUCCCCUUGCUCCCCUCCACUUCCGAGGUGGAGCAAAGGGAAAUACCUGUUACUCGCCUUGUUCUCAUCCCUUCCUCCCUCUUAACUCUCAGAGAACUUCACGAUGACUCCAGUGUGGCUCCUCAGCAGGUUUUGAGCCAGGCUGAGCCCUCCAGAUUGGCUUCCCCUCUGUCCAUGUGGAGCAGACUGCUCCCCCGCAUGCUGAGGAGAUCCUGUGCUCUCAGAGGGCACCGCCGUGCCACCUCCUUGUCCCUUGGAAGAUCUAUAGGUAGGGCUUGGCCUCGACUUCCACUUAUGGAUUUCGUUGGAGAAUUUAUGUGCUUUCCUUAGAUACAGAUCACUGGAGCAGAAUGAAGCCGUCUUUUUUUUCCUGUUUUAUUGCAUUUCUUGAGUAGGCAAAUUCAUGAGUAGCGUCAGGGCGGACUCAGGAAAGGCAGGACUUGGAUCAGUGACCAUUGCACCACUGCAGUUAUUUUCUUACUGCCUGUAUGAAUGUUUUGGUACUUAGGAGUGAAAGGAUGGGGAGAGCUUUUAUUUCUAUUUUUGCACAGCAGAAUGAUCGAGCAAACUCGAGCCUUAGUGGAAUUUUACCUACUUAUUCAUUCCACAGUCACACACUGAGCUGACAAGCAACAUCCACGAUUUAUAGUAAGGAGAUUUUAAUAAUCGAUGACCUCUUUACGUUGGGCUUGCCACCACCAUUUGUUCUGGCUGUUUCAUUUUAAAAAGAACAGACUCAAACUGUUGGACAGCUGCAAUUUUAAAAGAAAUAUUGCUUAUUGCUUACUGUAGUAUCUGUAAAAAAAAAA